AGAGAUGCAAAAUUCUGCCUGUCAAACAAAUACAUUUUUAUACAAACAGGUUAAUGUUUUUAUAGAAUUUGAGAAUACUAUAUUAUUAAAAUGACUAUGUUUUUAUUGUCGAAUAAGUGAGCGUUGUUCGGGCAAAUCAAAAUACUUUUUAAGUUACAAGCUACCUUCACAAGCCACAAUAAUUUAACGAAGUGUGGUGUCUGGUGAAGACUUAGGUUUGUGUAAGGUUGAAGCUUUUAUCAGGAAUCAUGGCUCUAAGAACUUACGGCGAUAAGCCGAUAAGUUUUCAAAUUGAAGAGGGCGGUGAAUUUUACUGCGUUGGAUCUGAGGUUGGCAAUUACCUGCGGUUAUUCCGUGGGUCUCUUUAUAAGAAGUACCCUGGCAUGGCCAGGAGAACCCUCACUAAUGAAGAGCGGAAACGAUUAGUGGACAACGGACUGGGGCCUCAUGUUCUCACCAGCUCAGUAUCAUUACUCAAGGCAUCUGAAGUGGAAGAUAUUAUUGAAGGAAAUGAUGAGAAAUACAAAGCAAUAUCUGUCAGUCAAGAGAUGGCAACUCCAAGAGAAAGCAAGAGUAAGAAGCCACACAAUCCAUCAUGGAUGCCAGUUAUGCCAAACUCCUCUCACUUGGAUGCAGUUCCACAGGCCACACCAAUCAGUAGGACAAGAGUUCAUAAUAAAAAGGUGCGCACUUUUCCUCUCUGCUUUGAUGAUACUGAUAUGACAGCAAUGCUUGAAAAUGCAUCACAAAAGCAGAUACUUGUACCAAUCAGGUUAGAUAUGGAAAUAGAAGGGCAGAAACUGAGGGAUACAUUUACAUGGAAUAAGAAUGAGUCUAUAAUUACUCCUGAGCAGUUUGCUGAGGUGUUGUGUGACGAUCUUGAACUGAACACAAGCACUUUCAUACCAGCCAUAGCGACGUCCAUCCGUCAGCAAAUUGAAGGUUACCCCAGUGAACCGCCAGCUAUCUUGGAGGAGCAAUCUGAUCAAAGGGUCAUCAUUAAGUUGAAUGUACAUGUUGGGAAUACAUCACUUGUGGAUCAGGUUGAGUGGGACAUGUCAGAAAAGGAGAAUAACCCAGAGCAGUUUGCAAUGAAGCUGUGCGCGGAGUUGGGUCUGGGAGGGGAGUUUGUGACGGGCAUCGCUUACAGUGUGAGGGGACAGCUGAGCUGGCACCAGCGCACUUAUGCCUUCAGUGAAGCACCGCUGCCUGUCGUUGAGACCCCAUACCGCCAGCCGUCGGACGCGGAGCAGUGGGCCCCCUACCUCGAGACCCUCACCAACGCCGAGAUGGAGAAGAAGAUCCGCGACCAGGACAGGAACACGCGGCGCAUGCGGCGCCUCGCUAACACCACACCCGAUGUAUCGUUGAGCCGUGCCGUCAACCGUUUGAUCCGGGCCGACGAAGCUCUGUUCCAGACUACGCCCGAAAAGAGGAGGAAAAAGAUAUAAUCACCCAUCUGUACUAUAAGAGCGAUGCCCCAUUAGCGCAUUGUGUUACGUUGCUGCGUCGUUUUCCAUUUAUUAUAAAUUAGCAAACGCUCACGACUUCGUCAGUGUGAAACCCUAACCCUAACCUGCCUACUCCCACCCUACCAACCUACCUACCUAACCUAACCUUUUUUUUCCUC